AUGGCCGACGUAGAUAUGACAGAUGCCCCUAGCAACACUGUUGCUGCACCCAAGCGGAAGGGUGGUGACGUCGAUGCCAAGAAUGACGGGAAGAAGAGAUUCGAGGUAAAGAAGUGGAAUGCGGUCGCGUUGUGGGCCUGGGACAUCGUCGUCGACAACUGUGCCAUCUGUCGAAAUCACAUUAUGGAUUUGUGCAUAGAGUGCCAAGCCAACCAGGCAUCUGCUACCAGUGAAGAGUGCACUGUUGCUUGGGGUAUUUGCAACCACGCGUUCCAUUUCCACUGCAUCUCGAGAUGGCUGAAAGCUCGACAUGUCUGCCCGCUUGACAACAGAGAUUGGGAAUUCCAGAAGUAUGGUCGAUAA